AUGCCAUCGUUUUCCCCAUCCGCUGCACAAGUAAAAGCCGAAGCAAAAGCUAGAGCAGUCAACAUCCUGUCGAAUCACGAUAUGCUGGGUCAGAUUCUCGACCGGCACGAAGUGACUAUACGAAAAAGAUGGUUGAAGAAGACGAUGAAGCAGAAAAAAGCUAUCCUGCUUACCGCUUGGCCGAAUAUGGCACCCUCUCAUCGACCGGACUUUGAAGCUCUCAAACGUGAAGAGAUGGCUGGCCGCCCAGGCGGGGUUACUAUGUUUAGGGAGUGGUUCCUGUGGCCUACGAUCAACCUUGAAGAUCUAUCUCUAAAGCGGAGCUUGCUGUACUUCCUUCAUGGCCGAGGACGCAAUCUUCCAGGCACUUUUGCCCGCUCUGACAUUAGCUGUACCGGAACUGCACAUGCUAGUCGGGCUGUGGGAGUGCCUUUCAUUUCUAGGCAAACAAUGUUUCUAGAUGGGGGAACGCCGACGAAAUACGGGAGGCUUGUCUCAUGGGACGAUGACUCGGAUGCUCUGGGGGCACUCAGGUCCGGACGAGCCUUUUCGAUUGACCCUGGCCAUGCUCUCCUGACUCUUGAGAUCCAAGAAAGACUCAUGCAGUUUCUUGUCGAAUGCUGUAUGGGCAUUCUUCAUGAUAUAAGCGACUUGGGAUCUUUGAUCGACUCGUACUUUCCGGUUCAAGAUAUCCUUCCCGCAAUCAUUACAGAUGCUGCUGAAUAUCCCAAUACUGUAUCUCUCACCAUCGAAAGGCAAUACCGCGGCCCAUCAGCAUUUGAUUAUCAGCAAAUGCGGAGCAUCAUAGGCGCGAAACGGGGAAAGGCCGAUAAUCAUAUCUGGUUACUGAGAGAAGAUCCAAGUUAUUUCGCAGAUUCAAUAUGGGAAUGGCUUAACGAAGCUAAAGGGCGGACAAUGAUGAAUCUUGAGAACAGCGUACCUCCGUCGCCUCCUUUGCGGUCACACUACGUCCGUCUCCCGCAAGAUCCAACCAACACGAUCAUCACUAUCGAGGAGAGACGUAGCGAGUAUCGUGAUGAGCUUCGUUUCCUGCUACAAAUACUCUGGGAUCCAGUCAUGACGGGGAAAUUUGGGCUCUCGGAUGUUCUGGAUCAAUUAGAACAUCUUGUCAUUAAAGAGCCUGAACAAAAAGCACGUCUCUCGACGCUGGUCUCAAUUUCAUUGCCGACUUAG